GUUAGUUCUAGUGGACAGAGUGUGCCGAAAACUUGAAAAUCAAGUGAAACGUGAUUUGUUCCGUUUUAGUGAUUUUAGGGACGGACGUUAUAAUUUUAGUGGUUUUAGGUUCUCACGGGUAUUUUAGGUGUGACUCGAUCAAAGAUGAGCGCAGCCGUAGUAAUUGGAACAAGCUUGACACCUCUGCUUUUCUUCUUUCUCGCACUAACAUAUGUGGUCUAUUCGUUAACCCAACGAUGGAAGCACAGGAAAAUCAUCCAAUUUAUGUCCCAAAUUCCGGGCCCACCAGCUCUUCCGAUUAUCGGAACAUUUUAUAUAUUCCUUGACCAACUGAGAACCAUGGAUGUGACCAGAUUUCUUCUUGACGUCGUCGAAAGUUUUCCGGAGACCUCUCGACACUGGCUAAAUUUCACACCUUACAUUGUCACAACUGAUCGUGAAAUAGUUGCCGCUCUCACCAGCAGUCGUGACAACGUGUCAAAAGCGAAAGAGUAUGAAAGUUUGAAGCUUAUCAGUGCCGGCCUUUUCUCUUCUACUGGCAAUCUGUGGCGGAAAACGAGAAGAAUCGUUAACCCCGGUUUCAGAACGAGUGUCCUAGACAGCUUUGAUGAAAAUUUCAGCCACCAUGUUCAAGUGUUUCUCGACGCUGUAGAGGAACGUGUCAAAACAGGAGAGGAGUUUAACGUGUUCCGCAUGGUACACUCAUUCACUCUUGAUGCUGUAAUUGAUAAUAUGUUGGGGGUCCGUUUGGAUAUUCAGAAGGAGAAAACGUAUCAUCUGUCUCGGUGUGUUGAGAAGGCAGUUGACAUGUUCUUUGAGAGAUCUUUUAACCCUCUAAUUUGGCCAGAUCUCGUUUACUCUUUGAUUGGGAAGAAGAAGAUAAUGGUUGAAGUUAGCGCCGAAAUGCGUCGCCUUGCAGAGGAGGUUUUGAACGAGAGGAUUGCACACAGAGAGAGGCAAAGGAAGGAAAAUCCAACUGCAGAGACUCCUCAAUACUUUAUGGAGUUACUGUUGAAUGGAAUUGAAUCUGGUGAGGUAACGAAACAACAAUGCGUUGAAGAAAUAAUUGAACUCUUCCUCGCUGGAUCCCUCACGUCCGCUAUCACGAUUUCUUGGAUGAUUAAAGGAGCAGCCAUGUAUCCACAUUUGUCAGAGAAAGUAUAUGAAGAGGUUAUGUCUGUUUGCGGCAACAGAAAAAUCACCUACGAUGACUUGUCGAAACUAACCUACUUGGAUAUGAUUGUUAAAGAAACACUGAGGCACUGUACUUUACCGGUCAUUGGUAGAGAGAUAACCUCUGAGCUCAAAGUCAACGAUAAAAUGACAAUUCCUCCUGGUAUCAAUGUCCUUGUACCACUAUUUGGUUUGCACCACGAUCCUAGGUACUGGGAGAAACCGAACGAAUUUUAUCCUGAGCACUUUUCUCCGGAGAAUGAGGGCAAGAGACCGAAAGGAACUUUCCUACCGUUCUCCAAUGGACCCAGAAAUUGUAUCGGUAACAAAUACGCGAUGCGGGCCAUGAAGUGUCUCCUGGCAAACGUGGUACUUCGAUUCACAGUCUCGACGUCCGAGCCAGUGCCCAAAGACAUCAUCCACGAUCUCCAGUACAAGAUCGUUUUCCUCAUCUGCCCCAAGCAUGGCUGGAACGUCCGCUUCCAUAAUAGAGUUCACAAAUCGGAGAACCCUUCGUCCGAGCUAACUCUAGCUACUCCUGCUUAAAACCCUCGAUAGACGAUCAAAUUCUGAAAUAAUUCCGAUCAAAGUAGACAUGCUGAUGGCUGAUGGUCACCAUCUACCAUCCAAUUUUGACGGGCCGCACUA